AUGAAAGCAGUAAUACUUGUUGGCGGAUAUGGCACAAGGUUACGACCGUUGACACUUACCCAACCAAAACCACUUGUGGAAUUUGCCAAUAAGCCAAUGAUGCUUCAUCAGAUGGAAGCACUUGUGGCCGUCGGUGUCGACACUGUGAUAUUGGCUGUGAGCUAUCGUGCAGAACUCCUGGAACAACAAAUGAAACAACAUGCUGAUCAACUUGGUACUUUAUGCCAGUACUUUUUCAGUUUGGAUGUGUUUCAAUAA